AAACAUUCCGUAAUGAUUUUGUCAGUGUAUUUAUUUAUAUUGAGCGCUUAUACUCGAAAACAGCAGAGACAGUAGGCUAAGGACGUAUUCCUAAUAAUAAGCUUAACAAUUUCCCUUUGGAAUUGGACCGAUAGUUGCAAAAUCACUAAACAAUGGAUAACCUGAUCAAGGAUAUGAAUUUGUUGACGUUUUCACCGAAACCUGACCAUCAUUCGAUUUUGAAACCUACAGCGGGUGUAGAGAACUUAAUGGUUAUGCAAACACCAGUACACAAGCACUUAAAAGUAAGUUUCCAAACACCUGCGCGAUCCCCACUUGCAAACAUCACUCAAGUUAACGAACAAAGUACAAGCCAUGCACAAAACACAUCUUGGAAAGAAGUUCGGAAUUUAGACGAAGAUUUAAAAUGGAGAGAAAGAAUUGAAGUAGUGACAAAGUAUGACCAUGAGGAUUACAUGAAAUAUUCACAAGAAAUUCUGAAUGAAAUUGUCAAUAAAGUUGUUCAAGAUGGAACAGAUAUGGUUACUGUGGAUUCAUCAGUACAAGAUGCCGGGGAUGGGUGUAUGGAUUCUAAAACAGCAGAAGUUUUAAAUACACCAGUUGUAUGUUCGUUAGACUUUAAUGAAAAUUCUUCCAAAAUUGACGAAAGUGGGGAGUCUGCCAUGAAAGAAACAAUUGAAACAGACUUAUAUGUGGACAAGGAUGUAAAUGUAGAUGUAAUGGAGGAAAAACAAACUUUAAAACCUGAAAACGGUAGUGAUAUAGGAUCAACAAAAAUGAAAAAAGGCAAUCUUGUCUCUCGCUUUGGGUUCGGUCGACCAAAACCAAGAGAAAUAAGCAAGUCAGAUUCAUCAAUAUUGGAUGCAAAGCAAGACAGUUCACAAACUACAGAAGAAGCAGCCCCUGUUAAAGGAUCGUAUAACUUUGAUAAUCUUGACUUGAUUGAUCCGUUAAAAUCUUCCAAAUCACUGGAGUUGUCUCCUCCCCUGCCAAGGAAGACUGGAUGUUACAACUUGGAUAACUUGGACUCCAUUGAUCCGUUUGCUUCCUCUAAAUCCCUCGCAAGUUCCCCUCCUCCUGGAGGGGCGAAAAAGAAGCAAUUCUCUCCUCAAUGCAAGAAAGAAGAAAACAAAAACAAGAUUGUUGAAUCUUGUGCGAAUAAACAAACCACUCCACAAUGUGAGCAACCCGUCAACCCAUUCACUAACGAUCCUAUACAGAAUGUUAGUUUUGACAACACAGAUCAGGAUUUAGACAGCACACUGGUUGAACCAUCCCAGGAUAAAAUAUCAGAAGAUGAAUUUUACGACGCAACGAGUUUAAUGAAGCAAGGAUUCGACUUCAAUCUUGAUUAUUUAGAAUCUAAAGGAGAUGACAAUGUGGUAUAUGAUCUUCGCAAGCAAUCUCUUUUCCUCAAGUUUGACCCACUGGUAACGGCAGAAGCCCCAGCUCCCAGGAAACUUGUGGGGCGCAAAUCUGAUAUCAUUGACUUUGAUGGUCAUAUUGCUUUGGCGAGGUUCCCCACCCCAAUUGUUGAAGAAGAUAAACCACAACCAGACUAUUUAUGUGACAGCCCAUCCAAGUUUAAUGCAGCCAAACAUAUUCAACCAUCUUCAUCAACAUCUUCUUGCAUCCCUGAUCCUCCUGCAUCACCAACUCUUCCUCCAUCAAGAACAAGUACCGACUCCGGAUCCGAGAUCAUAGAUGUGUUAAAAUACACGGAAGCAGAAAUGCAAAAACUUCUCACAGACACGAACACUCCCCUACAAAACCAAAUUGACCAGUUAAAAGCCACAGUAUCGAAACAAAAAGAAGAGAAUGAACAACUAAAGGUUUUGCUUCAGGAUUUUGAAGAAACGACGUCUCAUUUGGAAACUAACCUCGCACAAGAGAAGAAAGAACAUCAAGAAAUAAACAAAGUGCUGGUUAAUGAGAAUGAACAACUGAAAUCGGAUUUGGAAAGUGUAGAGAAAGCUUACUUUGAGCUGUUGCAACGAUCCAAAAACAUGAAACAAGCUUUAUCAAACUGGAAGGCAAAUGAAGCAACAUAUAAGAAUGUAGUUGAAGAAUACAAAACCUGCAUUGAAACUGAACAACAACGAUAUAAAGCUCUUAAAGCAACUAUGGAGGAAAAUAUUAAGAGAUCCACUGAACAACAUAGACAAAAAGAGGAAGAAUCUCAAUCCCAACUGAGCGCAGUGAAGGCUAAAUGGAAGUUUCUUGAAAACCAAAUCAAAUCGUUGCAGUCUCAGUUGGAUCAGAAAGUUAAAGACAACGAAGAGCUUACUAAAAUAUGUGAUGAACUAAUAGAACAGCAAGCUGGCUCCAAGUCAUAAUACACCAUGCUUAAUAUAUGCUUUACAUUGUAGCUUAUGAGUGGCAGGUGGGGUAUUUUAACACUUUAGGCGCGCGUUAAAAAAUCGGUAACGUAUAUAUAUAUAUGUGUGCGAUGGCAUUGAAAAAGACCAUUGUUACUAAAACGUAUAUAUACGUACAAUGGCGCCGAAAGUGUUACGCUGCGAAAUUCAUCUAUAGUGCGUUGUUUCAUUUAAAAGCUGCUGUUAUAUACUUUGAUCACUGCAAUUUCUCUCAAAUACAUUUAAUUUUUCUGUUUGCA